AUGUCGACGUCUCUGGAAUUUUUAUUCCAUCGCUCCUCGAGAGAUCGGCGAGCUCAGCCCUCAAGAGAGCCAACUUUUGCAAUUGAUCGGCCAAGUGGGUCAAGAGAGCGGCGAGUGGAAGAAGAGGUGGUAUUUCGAUACACCGCUCCUGGUGGAGGAACUGCUGCGGUUCCACGAGUAGUCAAGCCAAGAGCCAUCAUUAAAGAUCGGCGAGCUCAUCGCUCAAGAGAGCCAACUUUUGAUCGGCCAAGUGGGUCAAGAGAGCGGCGAGUGGAAGAAGAGGUGGUACUUCGAUCCACCGUUCCUGGUGGAGGAACUGCUGCGGUUCCACGAGUAGUCAAGUCAAGGGCGAUCAUUAAAGAUCGGCGAGCUCAUCGCUCAAGAGAGCCAACUUUUGAUCCGCCAAGUGGGUCAAGAGAGCGGCGAGUGGAAGAAGAGGUGGUACUUCGAUCCACCGCUCCUGGUGGAGGAACUGCUGCGGUUCCACGAGUAGUCAAGUCAAGGGCGAUCAUUAAAGAUCGGCGAGCUCAUCGCUCAAGAGAGCCAACUUCUGAUCGGCCAAGUGGAUCAAGAGAGCGGCGAGUGGAAGAAAAGGUGGUAUUUCGAUACACCGCUGCUGGUGGAGGAACUGCUGCGGUUCCACGAGUAGUCAAGCCAUAUCAAGUUCUUCAGGUGACCCAAAAUGCGCCAAGAGCGAUCAUUAAAGCGGCUUUCAAAAGAGCUGCAAAUUACAGCCGAAGACAGGAAAGAGUGAUGGCGUCUCUGUCGUACCAUAUCCUCAUGUCUGAAGUUGAGCGAUACCAAAAGAAAAGUGAUGGCUCUUAUAAGAUUACUAAGAAAGAUGAUGUCUUCGUGCUCGCAGCUGUUGGCGACACGGCCAGUCUACUUGCCCAGAUAUCCAAAGAUUCUUCUUUGGCUACGUGCACUGACGAGCACAAUCAUUCGGUUUUGUAUCUCACUGCCCGCGCUGGUUUCUACGACACGACUGAGGCGCUUCUCAAGAUCGGUGUUUCUGUCAACGAGCAACAGGUUGAUGGUAGCACAGCUCUUCACGCCGCUUGCUUCUAUGGACAACGGCCUGUUGUCGAACUUUUGCUUCGAUACGGAGCAGAUGCAGCAAUUAAAAACAAAUGGGGCUACUCUCCAGCGGACGAGGCCGCCUCUGCGGAAAUUAAGCAAGUUAUCCUGUCAUACAAGGAAGACCGUAUCUCACAAAUUGUGUCAUCGCUGGUCGGAAAAGGUCUCGCGUCUGGGGUUCGCUUGAUUAAACGCAACGGUAUAGUGGUUGGUAGAGAGGUUUUACGCCACAGAAAUGCGAUUGACCAGCGAACGAGGUUGGCAAUGGAUUCAAUAACCUCCAGAUGGGUCAACGUUUGGCAUGGAACAAAAGCCAAGUAUCUGGAAUCCAUCCUACGUUAUGGCCUUAAGCCUAGUGGAUCAACGCUUCCCGACGGAUCCAAGAUUAAGCCUCCAAGUAACCAUUACAAAUUGGGUGAAACUCACUUUGGCAUAACUAACUGGGCCAAUGCCAUAUUUUUGUCACCAAGUAUUCCUUACGCCUCCCACGCUUGCUACUCUGAGCGAAUUUUUUCAGGCAACAAUCAGUGGUGCAUCAUGGUCAGGGCUCGUGUGAAACCAGAUGCGUAUACCAUGCACGAACCCACUGUCUACAGAGGUGAUCCUAUUGAUGGCGAGCCUGAUACCCCCGAGUUUCGCAUUGAGGCCUCGUCAGAAGAUAGAAUUAUGCGAGUUGAGGCUGCUCGUAAU